AUGUCGAAUCCGUGCACCAGCGUUCUGGAGAUGCUGGGUAUGAUGGUGGGCGCGUCGGCCUGGUUCUGUUCGCUGGCGGCCACGCUCAUGCCCCAGUGGCUGACCCUCAGCACCGAGCUGCUGGCCGUGGAGAGCUACGAAUCGGGACUGUGGGAGACCUGCGUGGUGCAGGACGUGGCGGGCACCGAGUGCAGGCCGUUCGACAGCCUGCUGGGCCUCCCGUACAACCUCACCCUGGCUCGCAUCCUGAUGUGCAUCUCGGAUGCCCUGGGGGUUCUCAGCCUUCUGAUCGCCGUGCCGGGUCUGAAGGUGGUGAAGAGCUGCGGGGGCUCGUACGGGCGGCGCGUCAAACGCGGCAUCAAGAUCACGGCGGCCGUGCUGAUCUUCACGGCCGGCGUCCUGGUACUGGCGCCCGUCUCCAUGGUGGCCCACGAGACGGUUCUGAGAUUCUUCGACGAGUCCCUGCCCCACACGGUGCCCCGCUGGGAGUUCGGAGACGCCCUGUUCGUCGGCUGGUCGGCCGGUUUUCUCUACGUGGUGGCCGCGCUGCUGUUCUUCACUUCCUGUCUGGGCUUGGAACAGAACGAGCUGCAGCUGGUGUACCAUCAUCACCAUCCUCACCAGGAGAACUUCAAACCUCACAGCAGCAUCAACAGCCUGGAUAAGAAGCGCACCGAGUACGUCUGA